CUACUUCAGCAGAUAAUCAGCACUAUGGAAACUCAGGUGGCAAACGGUCCUACAAGCAACAACACAUCCAAUGGCCCAUCCCUCAACAGCACAAACUGCUCCAUACCAAUGAUGGCUGGGCCCUCCGACGACAGCAAGACCAAUCUCAUCGUCAACUAUCUACCGCAAAACAUGACGCAGGAAGAGUUCAAGAGCCUCUUCGGCAGCAUCGGGGAGAUUGAGUCCUGCAAACUCGUCCGCGAUAAGAUCACAGGCCAGAGUUUAGGAUAUGGUUUUGUAAACUACGUGGACCCCAACGAUGCGGACAAAGCCAUUAACACCUUAAACGGACUCAAGCUGCAAACUAAAACUAUUAAGGUCUCCUACGCCCGGCCCAGCUCUGCCUCUAUUCGAGAUGCCAAUCUCUACGUCAGUGGGCUUCCCAAGACCAUGAGUCAGAAAGAGAUGGAGCAACUCUUUUCACAGUACGGCAGAAUCAUCACCUCACGCAUUCUCGUCGACCAAGUCACAGGCGUCUCUCGAGGGGUUGGCUUCAUCCGAUUUGACAAGAGGAUAGAGGCGGAGGAAGCUAUCAAGGGACUGAAUGGACAGAAACCUCUAGGGGCGACUGAGCCCAUCACGGUCAAGUUCGCAAACAAUCCCAGCCAAAAGACGGGCCAGGCACUGCUCUCUCAGCUGUACCAGUCCACAAGCCGGCGGUACCCGGGACCCCUGCAUCACCAGGCACAGAGAUUCAGGCUGGACAAUUUACUUAACAUGGCCUACGGCGUUAAGAGAUCUGAUUCACACCCAAGCAGCCCUCUCUCUCUGUCCACCAGGUUCUCUCCGAUCACCAUCGAGGGCAUGACGAGCCUCGCUGGCGUCAACCUCUCCGGCCCAGCGGGCACCGGCUGGUGCAUCUUUGUGUACAAUCUCUCCCCAGAGGCGGACGAGAGCGUCCUGUGGCAGCUGUUUGGGCCCUUUGGCGCGGUCACCAAUGUCAAGGUCAUCCGUGAUUUCAACACCAACAAGUGCAAAGGCUUCGGCUUCGUCACCAUGACUAACUACGACGAGGCAGCGAUGGCAAUCGCCAGCCUGAAUGGCUACCGCCUGGGCGACCGAGUGCUACAGGUGUCCUUCAAGACCAGCAAGACCCACAAAUCAUGA